AUGAAGUCCAAUGGCCCUCUUCCUGCAAAUGUUGAGCAGAAGGGUGGUAUGGGUCUCAACUCUACUACCAUUGACUUUAGCGCCACCCCAUCUGGAAUCUCUCGCAGAGCAGAUGUCUAUGCUAGCGCUGCCAAAGUUCAAGAAUUGAAGCUUUAUACUCAACUUGCUGCAAACGCCUACUGCCGAAGUGUCGUUCCUGGAAAUAAAUGGGACUGUAAGCAUUGCUCCAAGGAUGACACUCUUGUAUCUACUUUUAAGUCUUCCAAGUACGACACCAAUGGAUACGUUGCCCGUAACGACAAAACCAAAGUCAUUAACCUCGUCUUCAGAGGCACAAGCUCACUUCCAAACUUUGUUGCCGAUUUUGAAUUCAUUGCCCAGAGCUAUCCUCCUGUCAGUGGUGCUAAGGUUCAUACUGGAUUUUACAAGGCUUACUUGGAAGUUCAGAAGGAUGUUCUCUCCAGCAUGAUCCAACAGAUCACAUCUUUCCCUAACUACCAAGUUGUUGUCUCUGGACAUUCUCUUGGUGGUGCUCUUGCUACUAUUGGUGUAUUGGACUUGUAUCAGCGCGAUUCUCGUUUUAACGCCAAAAACCUUGCUAUUAGAACAUAUGGUGGACCUCGUGUUGGAAACCCCACUUUUGCUUACUAUGUUACCGGAACUGGUAUUGACUUUGAGCGUACCGUAGACAGACAGGAUAUUGUGCCCCAUCUUCCUCCUCAAUCCUUUGGUUUCUUGCACCCUGGUGUGGAAUACUGGAUUAGAGAUAACGACAACGUCAGAAUCUGCGACGAUGUUCUCGAUUCUGCAGAGUGCUCAAACUCCAUCGUUCCAUUCACCAAGCUUUCCGACCAUCUUAGCUACUUUGAUAUCAACACCGGCCUUUGCCUUUAA